AAGAAAGAAAGGAAAAAAAAAACAAAUCAGAAAAUUUCCAUUUACUCCGGCGAUUCUCUUCUCUCAUGUUUUAGAUCCUCUCUCUCUUCCUCUAUCAGAAAAGGAGAAAAUUCUCAGAGACUCUCUCAGAAGAAGACAAAUUAAUCUUUUUUAUUCACCAGAUCUUCUUCUUCUUCUAAUUCUCAUAAAAACCGAAGCUUUAUCUUUUUUUGCAGAGUUUGUUUGUUUUGUUUUGUCUCCGAUGAGGUGUAAGAGACAUACAGUAGAUUUCAGUAGCAGUAUCGGCGUCUGUGCUUCUUGUCUCCGAGAACGUCUCUUUUCUCUGGCCGUUUCAACCGCCGCGUCUCAAAGCGACGAUCAUCGUCAUUCUCGUGUUUCUCCCCCUCCUCUGCUUUUUCCUCGCUCUGUUUCUCCUUACGUCGCCCCGAGAAAAUCCGACGCCGGAGCCGGAGGAGGAGACUCUGUAUCUUCUUCUAAAACCCGAUUCUUCUCAACGCCUCAAGUGAAGGAUCAUCAAUCUUACAGCGUGGGAAGAGGUUCAACCUCAUCGGAAAAAGUCUUCGAAUCGUUCAAGAAGAAAAAAAGCGGCUUAUCUCGCUUCUCUAGCUUCUUCAGAACGAGAUCUGAUGAUUACGAUUCCCGUCGCCGCGAUUCUUGCGACGUGUCCACCAUUUUUUCUCAGUCCUCUUCUUCGACGACGACGACCACGUCACGGUCAUGGCUCUCUAAGGUUCUCUCAGUUCGAUCGAAGAAGCAAUCAUCAAACACUACCACUUGCUACAUCGAGGAUUUGAUCGCUUCAGAAUCCGAUCACCACCAACAAAAUCGACCUAGGCAGAGAUAUUGCCGAGGAAUGUCGCCGGCGGGAGAAUCAACGACGAACGAUGAGUCAGUCGAGGGAUCUCCUGGGAGGUUAAGAAGAACGCCGGCGAUGGGAACUCCGGGGAGGAGAAAGAUUGGGAUUGGGAAAAGCGUGUCGGGGAUGGCCUUUUGUUUGAGUCCGUUAGUGAGAGCUAAACCCAACUGUUCUUCUAAGUGGAGAGGGAAAUUUCAGCCGGAUUUUGGAUACUCCGGUGAGUUGAAUUCCCCGGCGAAGCCUCACCUAUCGACGGCGGCGUCUUUUUGCGGUAACCGGUCUAAGAAGCUUGUUGAUUUAGGAAGAGUUGAUCACCGCCGUUGAUUUUUUGUUUGAGGUCAAAAUCUGACCGUUCUUUGUGAAAAUACCUUAAAUACCCUUCACAAGAUUCAUAUGAAUCCCAGUUACAUAUAUAUAUAUAUAUAUAUAUUUGGUGGCUUUACUAUACCAACAGAUAAAGAGUGAAUUUACCCUUUUUGGGGUAUAUAUUAUAUAUACUAUAAUGUUCUUUUUUUC